AUGGGAUGGACUCUCAAGCCAAAACAGGGAAUCGAGAGAAAUGACAUCGCCUUCGGAGAAGGAACAGAUUCAUGGAGAUGUAGUAAAACGGUGCUUGCUGGAUCCCCUGUUAAGCUUUUUAAUGGGGUGCUUGUUGAUGGAGAUUUGCACUGGCUGAACAAAAAACUGGAUAAAAUAAUCUCGUUGGAUAUAAGCGAUGAGAAAUUCAAACAAUUGCAAAUGCCAAAAGAAGUUUUGGAGAAAAAGAAUUCCUCAAUCACCAUGGGAGAUUUUGAAGGAUGCCUUGCUUUAGUUGUUGAUUAUGGGGUUGCAUUUGAUGUCGGGGUGAUGCAAGAAUAUGGAGUCUCCGAAUCAUGGACUAAACGUUACUUUAUUAACGAUGAGAAAAUUAGGAAUAUCUCCUCUAUAAGGCUUAUGUGUUCUUUGAAGAAUGGUGCGCAUCUAGUACUGUUGGCCGAUUAUAAAGUGGUAGUAUAUGACCCAAUAAAACAUUGGAGAACUAGCGAACUUAGAAUGCCUUACAAUACUUCCAUAAACUUUGAUGGGAAUGCAGUGAGUUAUUUUGAGAGAUUAGUUUCACUUAAUUCUGGUACUUAUGCAGGACGGAAGAAGAAGAAGAUUAAGUUUAAGAUUAAUCCGUUUAAAAUAUUUUGUACUUGA